CUACAGCAAGAAGGUGGAGUAUCUUUACACACUGGUGUACCAAGCCCUCGAUUUUAUCUCCAAUAAGAAGCGUGAGAAACAGCCCACGUCCGUCGGUGCGGAUGGGAACGACGGGGAUGUCAGCGCCGGGCCAGGAGCAGCAGCGGAAGAAGAAGAGUUCCUCUCCUUGGACGACAUCCAGCAGGCCAGCAGAGCCAACAUGGACCUGAGAGACGACCAACAACAGAACACGGUGGCUGUUGUGCCCUUGACCCCAAUGGCUCUGGUUCCUCCCGAAGAGUUGGACAAGAAAGACAACCCCCUCUUUAGCCGGAAGGGAGAGCUGCUGGCCAGCCGGAAGGACUUCCGUAUGAACACCUGCACCCCCCACCACAGCGGGCUCUUCAUGCUGGAGCUGGCAGGCCUCUCGCCCACCCAGUGCCACGCAGGCAGGGACGGCGGUUGGGGCCGCGACCACCCCACCGGGACCCAGAGCCUGGUUCCAACAGCUGGCUCCGUACCCAUGGAGGUCAGCGCGUGCGAGACCCCAGUUCUUGCUCUGGACUUCUCCGGAGAAGGAACAGGAGCAGCGAACCCCGCGGAUGACCAUGAAGAGGGCGGUGAGGACCUCCUGGCAGACAUCCUGGAGGAGGGCCCCUCCAACGGAGCAGAGGAGCACACGGCACACCAGACGAGCGCCCCCCGGAGCAAAGGCUACGCCUUGCGGGAGAGAUUCCCUGCCCUGGAGGCUAAUCCCCAACACCAGGACACGUGGGACCCCUGGCAAGGCCUCGACCCCUUCAGCUCCUCGGAAAACAAACCCUUUAAGAAAGGAAGACCCUUCACCCUGCCCCGCGGCCUGGAAGAUUCGUCCGGCGGCAAACGCAAGAGACGGCCCUCCGCGCUGCAGGAUUUUGUGUCGUGGUUUUCGUCCUCCGAGCCCACCCAACCCGGCAGCCAGAGAAGCCGCAGGAAAGACCCCAUGUUCCCUGACCUGGAGAUUCUGUAUUGGAAGAACGCCAAGGAACGUCUGGUGGCCCAGAGGAAAUUGCAGAAGAGGAUGGCUCCGCAUGUGGGGAUGCAGUUCCCAGAGCUUGGCGCCCUGGAGAUGGACCGGGAGGAGAAGGAGGAGGAGGAGGAGGAGGACUUGGAUGCUGCAGCUGCCGACGAUGGAGCAGAGGACUUUGUGGCAGAUGAGGAGAUCCCCCCGUUGGAAGAGGUGCCAGGUGGCGUGGCAG